CUUUGAACUUUGACUUUCUCGGAUACUUGUGAUGAUGUUGUAAGUCGUGGCGGGAAACGAACGUAGUACUGCUCUGUCCCUAAUAAGAUUGUUUCGGUGCUUCGGUCAAGUGAAAACCGACCGCGAAACCCUGGGAACGACUUACGCUUGAAGCUCUUCGACACAGCUGAAAGAACCUUUGGUAGUUCAGAUUAUGGCUUCAACAUCUGUUCCAAAACUUUACUCUGCAUGGUUUUGCCCUUUUGCACAAAGAGCUUGGAUUGCUUUGGUAGCAAAGGGUGUGGAGUUUGAGUACAUAGAACAAGACCCUUACAACAAAACACCUGAAUGGCUGGCCAUCAAUCCUCGAGGAAUGGUGCCUGUGAUUGUUCAUAAAAACAAAGCAAUUUAUGAAAGUUCAGUAUGCAUUGAGUAUGUGGAUGAGGCAUGGUUAACUGAGUCAAGAUUGCUUCCAGCAGAUCCCUACUACAGAGCUCAUGCAAGAAUUUGGGGAGAUUUUAUUGGCAAGAAAAUUGUUCCUUCCUUUUAUGCUCUUCUUAUGAAACAGAAUGAGUCCGAGCAAGAGAAAAUUAAAUCUCAGUUGAUAAGUCACCUGCUUGAAUUUGUGAAAGCCAUGGACAUUAAAGGGCCUUUCUUCCAAGGUGAGAAGUUGGGUUAUGUUGACAUCAUGUUAGCUCCACAUGCAGCAAGGUUCUUUAUUCUCAAGCAUUAUCGUUGCUUUGAAGUUCCAAAAAGUGAGAAGUUCAAAAGAUUUCGUGUUUGGUGGGAAGCUGUAAGGAGUACUUCAGCUGUGAAGGCUACAUUGCAAGAUGAAAGCAAACUUUUAGAUUCUUACCAACGAUAUGCAGAUGCUAGUGCCACAUCUCAAGUUGCUGAUGCCAUUAGACAGGGAAAGACAAUGCCUUAAUCUUCUCAUUUCACUUUGAUAGUAAACAGCAGCUAGAAUUUAAAGAACCCAAGUCUUGUUACAUUGAUGUAUCAAAGUAGUUUUAAUUAACUAGCAUUGUUAUGUAGAUGAAACCUUCCACAUACAGUUGUUAAUUGACACAAGUAGAAGUCACCAACAGGUCAGGUGACUCUGAUGAGUACUUGAAUCAGGUUAUUCCCCCACAUCAGUGGUGAGAUUUUGCAAGCUGAACAGUCCUUUCAUGAGAAUAAGAUGUCAUAGAGAUGUUUAGGAGCCGUCAGAUGAUAACCAAAUGCUUUUUGUAGCAAAACUCGAUACGUUUUUAUUAGCUUGCAGCCUCCAUAUUACUCCCCCUCAGAUGAUCUAGUACAAAACAUCACACAGACCUGAAUCUUUGCGAGACUGUUUGAUUAUUUAUCUUUUUUUUAUUUCUCUUAUUCUUGACUCUAUGUGUUGGAUGGUUUUGAUCAUAGUGUGACUGAAAAAAUGCACUUUGAACUUUGACUUUCUCGAAUACUUGUGGUGUUUUUGUAAGUCAUGGUGGGGAACGAACGUAGUACUGCUCUUUCCUAAUAAGAUUGUUUAGGUGCUGCCGAAACAGCCUGCUUUUCUGUUUGCCAGUCAAGUCCAUGUACUUUAGCAUAGCUAUAGUAGAUGCACCCAAACAAUGUACAUAAUUUCAUCCAGGAAUAGCAAUUGAAUAGGUAUGAAUAGGUUGGCAGGUGAAAGAAAUUAACCCAAAAGUGUCUACAGAUGGCAGAUUUUGUCAAAAAUUAAAGUUAAUUGUGGUUUCAAAUUAUUCCAAGGAUGCAGAUUAACUGGAUUUCUCUAUGUAGAACUUCAAAUUUUGGAACACGUUGCUAACUUAAAUGCCCUGACAGAUGGUUGAUUCAGUUUGUAAUUUAACUUAUUUCAGCCAAUGAUAAUACUAUUUUAGAACUAGAGAGCUUGCCCCAUUUUUUGUACUGACCAUAGCCGAGAUAAAACAGGCUGUAUUAAAUCCCAACUUCUCACUCUCAUGAUACUUCACAUUUCCAAAGAUUAAAAUUUAGACCUUACAUAUGCCAAAAAUUAUUUAUAUGGCAAACACAAAUAAAUGUAGAGCAAAUAUCAUACCUAAUGUUAUAGAGUACUUUCUGGCUUUGUAGUGAGUGGUUAGAAAAUAUCCUUGAAUAAAAAUUGUUGCAGUGUAA